AAUCAUACAUAUAUUGACAACCUUCUUCAAGUGCUUAUUGGAGAGACCCAUCUAAUUAAGGGGAAGGGGGGCUACUCCAAUAUUACAACCAACAAUUAAUAUUAUUAUCCCACCCAAAUUUCCAUACUAUAAUUCUUCAAUUCUCCUAACUUUGUGAUUCAUUCAAUCAAUCAAUCAAUCAAUCAACUAUGUUGGGCAAGCGAUCCCGACCGGCGAUCGGUAAACUCGCCGGGGUGUUAAGGUCCGGGAUCAUCGACACGAUGACAAGUCCAAGAAGUCCAUUGGAUUGUAGGUCGUUGUUCUCCCCCAGAGGGCUAAAGAGUAAUAACUCUAAUUAUUAUGAUAAGUACGGAGGGAUUGGGAUCGGGUUAGGCAUAGUUGUAGCCCUUGAAAACAACAACAACAACAACAACAACAAGUCUAGUAAUAAGACAUGUAACGUUGUUGAGUGUGGUGGUGAAAUACUAGCUAAAUAUGCUAUUUGUAGCCAAUUUUCGACCCGGUCGAGCCCGAUCAACGUUACGUCGUCGUCGUCGUCAAGGAAGAUUAAGAACGAGAUUAACAACCAUAAUGGUGUAUUAAGACAUGAUCAACAAGAAGAGGAGGAAAUGAUUGAGGGUUUUGACGAGGAGUUUACUUAUGUCACGUGCCGUGGACCUAAUAAGUCCACUACUACAGUUUACUAUAGUGGUGAUGAACAACGACCCAAAAUUAGCAAGAAAAUCGGCGUAUUUAACAUAUCUUCUCCGGCGAGAUUUUCCGGUGAUUGUCGCCGUGAUUCCGAUUCCGAUUUCCUCAGCUCGUGUCAUUCGUGUAGGAAAGGUCUUCAUGGCAAAGACAUUUACAUGUACAGGGGGGAGAAGGCAUUUUGUAGUGCUGAAUGCAGGCAAAGACAAAUAAGGAUUGAUGAGAAGAAAGAACAAUGCAGAUCGGAAGCUUCUAGAUCCGGCGAAAUUUCGAGCUCGCCGUACAGUUACACUAGUACAGGACAGAUCUUCUCAACUGGGAUUGUAGCUGUUUAGAGGAAUAAUAUCAUAAUUAGUAUGUUAUUAUUAUAAUAAUUAUUAUCUAAGCAAAGAUAUAAUGUAGAAUAAUUAAUAUAAAUUAGAUAAAUAACAAAAAGAGAUGAAAAAAAAACCGGCAAAUUUCCAUUUUGUGACUAUACAUAAAAAAGAAACCAAAUCCAUAAGAAGAAAAAAGUAAGAAAUUCUUAUUGGGUUUGAUCUUACAUGUAACUGUAAUAUGAAUCAUAAAUUAAAUUUUGAUGUGAAUUACAGAUAUUAUUGUAUUA